GUUAUCCGACCGAGGAGGAACGCCACGAACAAUUAAGGGAAAAAUUUACUGAAAUUAAGCAAGGAAAAAUCAAAAUUGAGAAUAUUUUAAGCAUGUCAAUUAGUUUUCGUCAAUUUACACCGGAAAAACAAGCCGAUUUAGCCCAGGGAAUAACUGAUUUAAAAACCGAGAAUGAAAAAUUGGCCCAAUUAGUUGCUAGUGAGGAAAAGCGCAAAGAAAAAUUGAUUGUCGAUUUAGAACAAUUGAAAAAAGAUUACGAGAAAGACCACCGUCGCACCCAAAUCAUUUCCGAUUCUCACUUGAUUGAUGAAAGAAAGGCAAUUGCUCCCGAAGAAAUUAUCAUCAUCCUCAGCCGUGGUGAAAAGAAAAAAACCAAGUCAGAAACAGAAGUAAAAGAAAAAUUACCUAGUUAUUUAAACAUUUACAAAAUUAAUUCUCUUGAUUCUACUAACAUUCCCAGUGUGGGCAAGGAAUUAAAGACCCGAGGUGAAAAUUUAGCCAUUAUUAAAUCUAAUCGGCGUGAUGAUUUGUGGUGUUUUUCUAACUUCGGAAAAAUUUAUAUCCUGCCAGUUUACAAAUUAAGUGAUAAAAGUAUUAAUUUACGAGAAAGCCGAAUGUUGAAAUUAGAUGAAAAAGAGAUUAUUGAGAAAAUUAUUUCUGUCCGUGAGGACUUUUUAACCACAACCGAGAAAAAAGAAAAAUAUUUAGUGAUUGGCACAAAAAAAAGGGAAGAUUAA